UAAUAUUUUGUGCAGUCGACGCGAUAUCGAGGGCGGACCCGUUUUUCGGCGCGGGCGUAGAGAUGCCGCAGCCGCCGGCGCCCCGGACGGGCAACCCCUACGUGCGCAUCGUGGAGCAGCCGGCCAGCAAGGCUCUGAGGUUCCGAUAUGAAUGCGAAGGCCGGUCCGCGGGUUCGAUUCCCGGCGUCAACAGCGUACCAGAAAGGAAGACCUACCCCACGAUAGAGAUAUGCGGACACAGGGGACCUGCUAUUGUGGUCGUGUCCUGUGUCACGAGAGAAGAGCCCUAUAAACCGCACCCCCACAAUCUGGUAGGCCGUGAGAGGUGCGACAAUGGAGUGUGCACGGUCAAGACUAACGUCACGGACGAGAACCCUCAGGUUUCCUUCAGCAACCUGGGCAUACAGUGCGUCAAGAGGAAAGACAUAGCCGAGGCUCUCAAGACCAGGGAAAGGCUUCGAGUGGACCCCUUUAGGACGGGUUACAACCACCGGAACCAGCCUCAAAGCAUCGACCUGAACGCAGUCAGACUGUGUUUCCAAGUUUUCAUCCACGAUGAGCGUACGGGCAAGAUUCGUCUCUCCCUCCCUCCAGUGGUUUCUGACGUGAUAUACGACAAGAAGGCCAUGAGCGACCUGGUCAUCAUGCGCCUGAGUCAGUGUUCCGACUACCAUAGGGGUGGGACCGAACUCAUUCUUCUGUGUGAAAAGGUGACGCGGGAGGACAUCGCGGUGGUGUUCUUCGAGAAGGAGGGCGAGCAGGUGGUGUGGGAGGAGAGCGCGAACAUCGUGCUGGUGCACCGGCAGGUCGCCAUCGCCUUCCAGACGCCGCCCUACCGCGACCCGCGCGGCCGGGACCACGUCCAGGUAUAUCUCCAACUGAAGAGGACGUCAGACAACGCGCGAAGCAACGCCGUGCCCUUCGAAUACAUCCCCGAAUAUCAAGGUACCGCAAGGAAACCCUUGCCUGACCUCAGCGUUUUUUCCCUCCUCCUAUCCGACCCCACCUCACGCCCCGACGGCAACAACAACGACCCCCCCGAAAAAGACCCCGUGUCAUCGACAAGCGACUCCCCCGACCCCCCCACAGUUGAAGUCACUGACGCCGAUGUCAUCGAGACCAAUAAUUCCGUAGACAUGGUCACCGACCCCCAUGAGAAGAGCCUAGACGAUCUCCUAGACCAGGUCGCUGAACUAGAUGAGAUAUACUCCGAGAACCGGACGCGCUUAGAAAAUGUGACCGUUCUAGAUGACAACAACGACCCUGAAGACUUCGACGACGCCGGCACCUAUACCAGCCUCCAACUGGCCUUCAAGAACCCCGUACCCAUCGCGGAACCGGAGCCCUACGAAGACGUACAAGUACACUCGUUCCGUGGCCCUAUAAUAGAAUACACCCCGCUCAAACGUGAUCCAGAAGACGAACGCGCUCCACCGCUACCACCCAAGCGUGUUCGUAAAACCACCGACAGUUUUAAAACCAGCCAGACUUCUGUCGACAGUAUCCUCAAACCGGGCCGCCAGUUACCCGUAACCCGUAACCCAGAUACCCUCGCCCUUAAAACUGAGCUAGGUGAAGCCCGUUCAGAGCCAGCGUUGCCACCACCCUCCAAAAAGCGUUCAUUUUUCUCGAGGCUAUUCCGACGCCGUGAUAAGUCUCCGGCCCCCAGUGUGCGUUCCGAAGGCGUCAAGGAGUCACGUAAGCCAGUAGGACGCUCCGUCAGUAGUGUGUCAGGGCUUCGUCCCUCUAAAUUCAAGUCGGCUGUAUCACACGCCUCGCUCAAGGAUAACGGCUCGGGGAUUAGUUACGCGGAUAGUAUUACCCACAUAUCAUUACACGGGGAUGGGGACGAGCGAAGCCUGGGGGUAUUAACUGAUGAACCUCUACCAGAUGGUACAAUUCUAGUGGCUGAGAGCGUAUUAGCGCUGGAUGCGGACUCCUUCCGGAAACUUCGAGAUGACCUAGAACUGACAGAGGCGGAGCACUACGCACUGUAUAUGGCUGUAGCUCCAAAGGCCACUGCUUCCGAAUUUGAUGAGACGUCGUGUUACUACUCGCCUGUCGAUGGCAGCAAGUUCCACAAUGAUACGGAGCCGACCAGCAGAUCAAGACGGAGCCAAGAGGGUUAUUUAUAUUUUGGCUUCAAACAACAUGACUAUAUAACUUGUGUAAUGUCAACAGAUAAAACACCAACGCAUCAGAUGAACAGUCCUCUCGCCGCGUUCUCACCGUCCUACGAACACGAACAAGUUCCGGAAAAUAUCUAUUGGGGUAUGCCAGGCUUGUCUGCCGCCGGGCCUAGCCAUGUAAACUACGGACAAGAAAUGCAAAUAUGUCAGAAUCAAAAUUACGUGGCGUUAUCACCCGGCAUGCAAUCCUCAAACAUGUCGCCCAAUUUACAAAUGACCAACCUCCAAAACAUCCAGCCAAACUUACAAACCCUCUCCCCAAGCAUGCACACCAUGUCUCCUAUGUCCCCGAGCAUGCAAACCAUGUCUCCUAUGUCUCCAAACAUGCAAACCAUAUCUCCAGUGUCCCCAAACAUGCAAAUGUCUCAAAUGGGGCAAGUGAUGACCUCGAUGGGCAGAAUGUCCCCGAUGAAUCGUGGUAUGUCACCGAACAUGGGGCAAAUGUCGCCGAACAUGGGGCACGUCUCUCCUGCUAUGGGUCACGUCUCCCCUGCCAUGGGGCAGGUCUCUCCCGCCAUGGGGCACAUUUCCCCGAACUUGGCACAGCAACAGCACCAAAUGCAACAACAGCAAGAUCUGAUGGACACUGUGAGCGCUAGCGACACUCCAUCCAUCACAGGCUUGUUGAUGGACCGCGGGGACAUGCCCCAACUAAACUCUGGGGAACUCUCCGGUCUCUCAGCCUUACUGGAGAACAGAGGGCAGGACCUUAGCGAUAGUCUCAACCGACUAUCGACCAGCGACUUACUACAAUAUAAGUGAAGUGUGAAAGUGUAGACAAGUGUACUCUGUUCAAUAACUGUGCAAAACUGUGGAACCAAUGAAGUUGCAGUGAAUGUUCUCUUCAAUUCUCUCUCGACUCUGUUCCUAGCGCAGUCUGAAACUUAUAGAAACUUAUAGUUUCUAUUGUGUUUGAUUAAAAUUAUUUUUAAGUUUACCUUUAAAUUAGGUUCUUGUUGUGAUCUUAAAUGAAAUUAUGAGAAUUUAUUAUACUAAUGACAAAAAUCUUUAUGAAAGAUAGUAAUGCUUA